UAUCAUAAAUGCUUUAUUUUGAAAACAAGCUACAAUUUUCAAGCAAGGGUGAACCAGAGCCGGGUGAACAGUUCGGCGUCGUUUCUAUGGUAGCAGUCAACAACGCUGAACUGAAAGUUUGCUUUUGGAGUUGUUCCAUUUCAUCUGCUCAUCAGCCUAAACUUUAUAAUGUCAGACGUUGGUUCCGAAGAGUUUGACGACGAGCAAGGUUCCUUGGGGGAGUAUGAGGGGGAUAGAAAUGAAACUGGAGAGAGACAUGGACAAGGCAAGUCUGUGUUACCUAAUGGAGACACUUACGAGGGAGCGUAUGAAAACGGCAAGAGAUCUAGCCGGGGCACAUACAAGUUCAAAAAUGGGGCCAGAUACAUUGGAGAAUGGUAUAUGAAUUUAAAACAUGGACAAGGUGUAUUUUAUUACUCAGAUGGCUCCAAAUAUGAAGGAAGCUGGUUGGAUGAUCUGCGUCAGGGUCACGGUGUUUACACAUACCCUAAUGGAGACAUUUACAAUGGUGAAUGGCUAUGUCAUCAAAGACAUGGUCAAGGUACAUACAUAUAUCAUGAUACAAACUCUCAGUACAUGGGCUCAUGGAUCAUGGGUAAAAUUGAGUCAGCUGGAGAGCUUAUCCAUCUCAACCAUAGAUAUCAGGGCAACUUUGUUAAUAAUAAUCCAUCUGGUCCAGGGAAAUAUGUAUUUAACAGUGGAUGUGAGCAGCAUGGAGAGUAUUUCCAGAUAGAUCAGGUGAAAGGAGAUACUGAGCAAGAUGAGCCUUUCAUAACUACUGUAUUGAAGUGGAAACCCAAGGCAGUUACUAAGCUUUCUCAUUGGACCACUGUUAUAGAUACUGUCUCCUCAGUCAGGGGUGGGAUAAUUUGGAAUCCUCAAUUAACCUAUCCUGUAUGUCUUUGGACUGUGGGAGGAAACCAGAGUACACAGAAUAAAUCCACGUUUACAGAGGGAGAACAUGCAAACUCAACACAGAAUGGCCUCCUGUCCCAGCCGGGGAUCGAACCAGGGAUCUUCUUGUUGUGAGGUAACAGCGCUAACUUAUUUCUCUUAAGAUGUAAUCAUUGUAGUUUCAUUCUUACUAGGUAUGCACCGAAUGUUCGGCAACCGAAUAUGUGAAAUGGCCGAAUACAUUAUACCGAACAUGACUUGUGAUACGAUCAAGCAGCAACCAGUGCAGAGAGAGAGAGAGAGAGAGAGAGAGACCGCAUGUGCGCUUUAUUAAUGCAAACAUUUUGGAAGUGUGUGUGGAGCAUUUUAAAGUGUCAGAGAAAGACACGGCAUGGGACUUGUCUCGCGGGAGUAAAUUUCC